AUGGAGACCGCGAUCGUCCUCCCCGAGACGGACGAGGAGCGCGCAUCGGACGCGGGCGAGGCGGUGCCGUACGCGUCGUGGUUCGACAAGUCCGUCUUCUCGGACGAAAACUUCGACGCCGCGACGUACGUGGACGAACUCGGCGAGUACGUCGAGCUCGCGGACCUGCGCGCGAACUUGGAGCGGUACGACGCCGAGGUGGAGGAAAAGCUGCAGGAGAUCGUGGACGAGGAUUUCGACGCGUUCCUCAAGCUCAGCGAGGACCUCGUCGACGUCGAGGCGGUGACGCGCGGCUGGGACGAGCCCCUCCUCAAACUCGAGUCCGAGAUCGGCGCGACGCGCGCGGAGGCGCUGAGCGCGCUGGAGGAGAUGAACGAUCUGCUGGAGCGCAAGCGCGAGACCGCGGAACGUCGCGCGACGCUGGAGCUCAUGCUCGACGCGAACAACGUCGUGUCCAAGGCCGACCUCGAGUCGCUCGUGCCGCGUCUCGCGUCGUCCGCGGCGCCGAGCGCGCUCGAGCUCGCCGCGGAAGAUGCGGGGACGUCGUCCGGCGGCGGCGGCGGCGGCGCGACGACGACGAGCGCGAUCGCCGCCGAGUCGUGCGCGCGCGCGAGGCUCUUGGACCGCGUCGCGAGCGAGGUGAACCGGCUGCGGUACUACCGCGAGAAGGGGAAGGAUUUACUUUUCAUUCGGAACCUCGAGCCGAGGAUAGACGCCGCGGAGGAUACGCUCGCGUCCGCGGUGAGAGACGCGCUGUCUAACGCGACGAUGACGACGCGGUCGAAAGACGCGCUGAGGCACUGCCUGAGCGCGUACUGCGCGCUGGGGAGGGUCGCGAACGCGGAGGAGAUAUUGCGCGUCGAACGCGUCGCGCCGGCGAUCAAAAAAGUCGUCGACGCGCAGCUGGCGGCGGCGUCGACGUCCUCCGGGGGGACCGCGCGAGCGCGAGCCCAAGCGUCGUCGACUUCGGCGUACGCGUCGCUCGUGGACGCGUGCGCGCGCGCGGCGCUCAAGGCGUGCGACCUCGAGCUCGAGAUCACGCGGGACGUCGACGGCGGCGACGCCGAGUUGGCGUCGGAGUACGAUUUGCUCGCGAACUGCGUCUUGCGGGAGGUGGACGGCGCGGUCGCGGCGGCGAAGCCCGCGGCGUACUCCCCCGGCGCCCCGGACGCGUUCCUCGCGAACCAUCUCGCGGCGAUGGCGAUGAUCGAGUCGUUGGAGCGGCAGAUGCCGAACGUGGAGGCGCUGAGGCGGUUUCGCGACUCGGACGCGAUGUCGACUUUUUUGAAGCGAUGGAACCUCAACGCGUACUACGCGCUCCGGUUUCAAUCCAUCGCGGGCGCGGUCGAGGAGGCGGCGUCCGCGACCGGGCCGCUCGCGCUCGCGGUGCGAGGCAACGCGGGAGGGUUCGCGACCGCGGUCGCGGCCGCGCACUGGGACGGCGUCGAGCGGUGCUGGUCCGAGGAGGUUUUUCUCCCGCUGUGCGCGGAUAAGUUUACCAAGCUGACGUGCGACAUUUUGAACCGGUACGACGCGUGGUUGAUCCAGGGCUUGAACGGCGAGAAGACAGAGGAGCCUCCCGACGCGAGCGCCACCGCGGCCGACGACGACCUCCUCGCCGUGCGCGCGGACGCGGAGAAGCUCGUCGCGCUCUGCUCCACGACGUUGUAUCAAAAGAUGCGCGACGUCCUCACCAAGUCGCACGGGGAAGAGUUCGCGGGGAUGGCGAUCGAGAUCGUCGCGCAGAGCGUGGAUCACCUAAACGCCGGCGGCGCCGAGGCGCUGACGCGACGUCUCGUCGGCGCCGUCGUCGACGCGUGCGGCGACGCGCUGAAACAGCUCAAGGGCAUCACCGCGACGUUCCGCAUGACGAACAAGCCGACGCCGACGCGGCACUCGCACUUCGUGCCGAACAUCUUAGCCCCCGCGAGAACGUUUCUCGAGUCGCCGUCGACGACGUCGCUAUCGAAGCAGACGCGGCGAGCGCUCGCGUGCGCCGUCGCGGACGGCGUCUGCGCCAAGUACUCGGCGCUGGCGUCCGAGCUCCUCGCGACGGUGAAAAAGACGGAGGCGAGCCUGAACAAGCUGAAGGACCGCAAGGCUGCCGCGGCGAAGGAAGGCGCGGGCGCGAGCGCGAGCGCGACGACGACCAAGGCCGGGAGCGCGCAGCAGGGGCCGACGGACGCGGAGAAGAUCGUGGCGCAGGUGACGCUCGACGUGAGGGAGUUUGGCGCGCAGCUCGCGGCGAUGGGCGUGGAUCCGGCGUCUCGAGACGCGUUCAAGGAGCUGUGGGCGGUCGCCGCGCCGGAGGGGGCGACGUUUUAG